AUGGAGAACGUCAUCUUCAAGGGCCGUGGUGAGGCCUUCUAUGUUCACGGCCAAGGCCAUGCUUUUGAUCCCGACGAUACCCAAAGCCAAGACGCCCGCGGCCAAUAUGGUAACGACCCCUUCGGUGACAAUGAAGAAGAGGAGGCCCACAACCAUGGCAACUCAUGGCAUGAAGAGGAGGACAUCUAUUGCAAAGAUGAGGAAGAAGAGGUUGACAUUGCGGAGGAGCCAUUGUUUAUCGACGAGGUCACCCAAAGGGCCGACACACAAAGGAGGAAGCAAAGCAUUCACAUGGGAUCAUACACCAAAGAAGAGGACAUUUUGAUUUGCGAGAGAUGGAUGGAGAUAGGCCAAGACCCCAUGAAAGGCGCCGAGCAAAAAGGAUCUGUCUUUUGGACGAGAGUUCAUAAAACCUUUCAGGAGCGAAUGAAGUUUGUCAGCACCCGAGGCAUCAACUCAAUCCAAAAGAGAUGGGGGUUCAUUCUACAAGAAUGCAACGAGUAUUGUGCCAUGCUUGAGUGCGUCGAAGCCCAUCCCAUGAGUGUCCUAGGCAUGGUUGACUUGGCUUUCCAAUCUUCAGAAGCCUUCAAGGACCGGCAUAAGAACAAGCCUUUCACUCUCACUCAUUGUUGGACGCUAAUCAAAGAUUGUCCCAAGUUCAAAGAUCAACAUGUCGCUCUUAAGAAGAAAGGAGGCAAGGUGGCCGAGGCUGAGAAUGGUGAUUUGCUCAAGAGGCCGAGGGGCAGGAUCAACUCGAAGGCCGACGACAAGCGUGAUGCGUCAACCAUCGCCUUGCAAGCAACUUUGCAAGGCAUGAUGACUCAAAAGGGAGUGAGAGAGGAGCAAAUGAAGAUAUACCUAGAGCUCCAAACAAAGAAGCUUGACAUGGAGGAGGCCGCCAGGAGGUGGAAGCUCGACAUUGAGGAGGCCGCUCAAUCGAAGAAGCUCGCGACCGAUUCCACCAAUGCUGAUACCAAGGAAAAGGAGGUGGCGCUGGCAAUCAUGAGUGUUGACAUGACCAACAUGUCCCCAAAGAGGAAGAUUUGGUUUGCGAACCAGCAUAACCAGAUGUUCGACCAAGAUGGCCUGAACUAG